AUGCGUAGCAGACUUGCUCUUGUCCCACAGGACAGCACCCUCUUCCUCAGGACAUUGAGGGAGAACCUCAACCCGCAAGGCUUGCAUACGGAUGCUGAGCUAAUUUCCAUACUUCAACGGGCAUGGCUGCUUCCAAGAGACGGUCCUUCUGACAAUACCAUGGAUGCUGAGUUCAGUCUUGAUUCUACCGUUGGGGAUGAAGGCGCAAACUUCAGCGCUGGCGAGAAGCAGCUAUUAGCCUUGUGUCGUGCUCUCGUCAAGAAUAGCAAGAUCAUUGUUCUCGAUGAAGCUAUGAGCAGUAUCAUCACCUUUGCCGCCUAUCAUGCGGACGUUCGAUUAGGAGGCCUGGAUGGACUUGAAGAAGUCGAACGGGUCUCUAUCCCGAACCUUCUGCCCGGGUUGUUGCGCUCUUCAAUCCAGACCCCUUCCCUUACCAAAUUAAACCCAGUGCCCUGGCCAUGGAAGUGGGCAAGGGAUAUCAUGUUAGGGUUUAAUCAGAAUGUCAACCCUAUCGACCUCAUACGUUUGACGGCCAUCGAGCAUUUAGUGGGCUUGAAGCAUGUGGAAAUGAAGGAACAGUCGGAGAAGGCUUCAAUCAUCCUACGUAUCGCCGGCGGUGGUGGUCCGAGUUGCCCAUUACCCAUUGCGGCACAAAGCCUUUUGCUUCCGAACACUUUGACAUUGUCGGAGCUGUGUCCUCUCCUAAACCUGCACCAUCGCACGAAACAACGACGAUCGCGUCGAUUUCGUCCCUGUCCUUUGGAAGACAUGCUCGACAACAGCCAGAAUGUUCUGGUUACUGGAGGGACAUUCACUCACGUCGAACAGCACGGGAUGUCAGGAUUCGUCCAGCUGCAUGCCGCGAUCGCCGAUGGAGCCAUGCACGACUCUGGCGAGCGAUUCGAUCCACCCAAGUGUUACCCCGGCACCCGAGAGGUUGUCCUCAAGCAACUCCUUGAUUGGGUCAUCACACAUGAUGGGGAGGCCUUCAUGCACAGGGUCCAGGGCACCGCGGGUGGGGGAAAAUCUGCCAUCCUCCAGGAGAUCGCAGAGUUGUGCGCCAAGCAGAAGCGGCUCAUUGCGAGCUUCUUCUUUUCAUGGACAGCCGUGUUGCGGAACAACGAAAAGCGGGCGAUUGAAAACGAUCCGGCUGUGUUAACCAAGUCACUCGACUCCCAGCUCCUCUCGUUGGUCAUCGCACCUCUAGAUCAAGCAUAUUGCGCCGCUGGAGAAGAGCGCCUCCACUGGCCACGCCUCAUCCUUCUCGACGGUCUCGAUGAAUGCGGUGAAGGGCCAGUUCUGCAUCGCCUUCUAAGCUCACUUGUGACCCGCGUGGCAGAGUGCAAAUUCCCUCUUCUUCUACUCGUUUCGAGUCGCCCGGAAAUCCAUCUCGUCACGACAUUCAAUCAGACUAUCUUCAAGGGGAAGGUGUCUGUUACUGUAUUGGACGAAAACUAUAAACCUGAUGAAGACAUUCGGCGAUUCCUUGAAGGGACGUUCCAAGGCAUCAAGGAAAAUCAUCCUCUCCGCAGCUACCUCCCUUCCAAUUGGCCAUCAGCCGCGGCUAUGGACCAUCUCAUUUGGAAGUCCUCUGGACACUUUAUUUAUGCCGCAACUGUCGCAAGAUAUGUCUCCCCUCCAGACUGUCAUCCCGCUCAGUGUCUCGAUGUGGUGCUUCGAAUCCAAACCCCGACAGGGCAUGAAUCCCCCUUUGCAGAACUCGAUGCAUUGUAUUUCCACAUCCUUUCGUCGUUGCCUGACGAUGAGAUCUCGUUGCACAUCCUUGCCCUCGUGGUAUUCCCUCACAUUUAUGACCCCUAUCGGACAACCCAGUAUUUUGAUCUCCACUUGCGUCUGCGAGGGGGGUUUCCGAACAAGUCGUUCACAAGUUAG